AGAAGAAGAAUGGAGGGUCUCGGAGAAGAACAUGAAUUGGACUCAACAACCAAGAUGAAGAUGAAGAUGAACUGCUUCUUCAAGUUGACCCUGCAGAAAGAACCCAUGCAAGAACUGAAAAUCCCGCCAAAGUUUGGGAGGCUUUUUUCAGAAGAACUUCCCCAUACAGUGAUCUUAAAGGGCCCGUCUGGCGAAAAUUGGAAUGCCAAAUUACGCAAGGACGUCACUGGCGUGUAUAUACAUGAUGGAUGGCAAGAGUUUCACAUAGACAACUCCCUUGGAAACAAGGAGUUCUUGCUAUUCGAAUACGAUGGGAAGAGAAGCUUUGAAGUACGUAUUUACGAUCCGACUGGAUUGGAGAGAAUCAAUGUUCCUCUUACAAAAAGAAAAGAAACAAACCUUCAUAGUGGGAAAAGACCAAGAGGCAGACCCAGAAAGUGUCCUGUUGGCUCCCGAAAUCUCCCUCAGUCAACAUAUCCCAAUUCUCAGGACAAGCAAAAUGUGGAAGUCGAGCUUAACAAGCUUGAGAAGAUCAAAGAGGAGGAAGAAGAAAUGGAUCUUUGUGCUGUUAGAAUGAGUCCAGAGCCCCACAAGCACAAACAGAAGAACAAGCUUGGAAAACUCGCCGCAGGUUUACCAGUAUCCAAAUCAAGAUUUAGGUGCCAUUCUAUUGAGAAGAAGGCUUCUAGCUCUGAGGUAAAUGUAAGGCUGAGAGGAGUAGAGGAGAUGUUUACUUCUAUGUUCCCCUACUUCAUGACUUAUAUGAAAUUGUUCAGCCUUAAGAGGGCGAAAAUGCUGUAUAUUCCCAGGGCGUUUGCUCAAGUGCAUUUCCCAGGGGAAAGGGCGGACAUUGUCCUGCGAAAUUUGGAAGGGAACACUUGGAAUGUCGUCUGCGUGAUAAAUAGGAACCGGCAUUACUUUUCUAAAGGGUGGCCGGCCUUUAUCCAAGACAACAAGCUAGGGACCGGAGAUGUUUGCGUGUUCGAGCUUCUCUUCAACAUGGAAUUCCAAGUCACCAUAUUUCAUUCGCCGGAAACUUUGAUUGCAUGAAAGAAGAUGCGGCCAGGGAGAUUAGAUUAUGGUAGUAUACUUGAAUUAUGUCUCACUAUUGUGACUCCGCUCAGAGAGAAAUCACUCAUUAGUAUUAUUGAACAAUAUUUUAUAGGGAAGAUGUUUCUUCAUGAUAUGAUGCUUGGUUAGGCCUCGAGCUUUCAGAUUUAUAAUUACUCUCCUUAUGGUUUUUGAGCUGCUGAUAA